AUGGUAGAGGAGAGGAAAAUUAAGCUUUGUUUGAAAUUUGACAAACAACCUUCUGCCGUUAAAACCUUAGGAGAAACUAGCGUAGAAGUUCUUGACAUAUCAGUGGAAGGACAGCUACGAGUAGCUACAGCAGCAGCAUAUGAUUGUUACAACGAAUCUGGUGGUAGUACUGAUUAUAGAAUCCCCAGCCUUAGCUUUCCCAAAUUCCCAAUUUCUUACACCCAAAACAAGCUCACUGCGAUUGGCUGCGACACCAACGUAAUAAUUAGAGGAUAUCAGGCGAAAUGGAACGCAACUGGAUGUGUAUCGUACUGUGAUAAAAUUGAAGAUGUGAUCAAUGGGACAUGCUCUGGCAUGGGUUGCGGCCAAAGCUCCAUCCCUGGAGAAGUACUGGAUUUUUUUGUAUAUCUUGACUCAUUUUUCCAGCAAGAAUAUGUAUGGAAAUUUAUUCCAUGUAGUUAUGCAUUUAUUAGUGACGUAAAUGCAUAUAACUUCUCAACAUUGGAUUUUAAUGAUAUGAGGAAUCUGAAGAAGUUUCCGGUUGUGCUUGAUUGGGCUGUUGGGAAUGAGACAUGCAAUGAUGCUAAAAGAACUCCAGAAACCUUUGCUUGUAAGGCAAAUAAUAGCAUAUGCUAUGAUUCUGAUAACGGACCAGGCCACCGCUGCAAUUUCUCUGAUGGCUACAAGGGAAACCCUUACCUUGCUGACGAAUGUAAAGGUGUGAGCUUGGGUUUUGUAUUUGUGUUCCUGGCCAUUUCGCUAGUUCUUUUGGUAAUCCAAAGAAAAAGCUUGGUGAAGCUAAGAGAAGGAUAUUUCAAGCAAAAUGGUGGUUUGUUGUUAGAUCAAUUACUCUUUAGGAAAAAAUAUUCAGUAGAAGCAGCAAAAAUAUUUGCAGAAAAAGAAUUAAGGAAGGCAACUAAUACUUUCAGCAAGAGUUUGGUCAUUGGAAAAGGUGGCUAUGGUGUAGUGUACAAAGGAGUUUUAUCAGAUAAUAGAGUAGUUGCGAUUAAGAGAUCUAAGGCAAUUGACGGAACCCAAAUUGAGCAAUUUGUCAAUGAGGUGAUCAUCCUUUCCGAAAUCCAUCAUCCGAGCAGUACCUUUUUCCAACAUCUUCAUGAUGCGCCUUAUGUCACGACUUCACUGCCAUGGGAAACACGUUUAAGACCAGAACCUGCAACGGCACUCGCAUAUAUGCAUGAAAUGCAGAUCAUUCAUAGAGAUGUCGAGUCUGCUAAUACACAUUUAGAUGAGGAAUUCACUGCCAAAGUUUCUGAUUUUGGAGUGUCAAGAUUGGUUUCUUUCGAUCAAGAACAGGUAUCAACAUUGGUUCAAGGGACACUUGGAUACAUGGAUCCUGAAUACUUCCACUCAGGAAUUUUGACAGAAAAGAGCGAUAUUUAUAGCUUCGGAGUAGUUCUUAUUGAGUUGCUAACAGGAAAGAAAGCAAUUUGUAGUGAAUGUAAGGAGAAAAGUCUAGCCUUGUGUUUCAUUUCUUCGCUAAAAGAAGAUUGCCUUUUCGAAAAUUUGGAGGAUAGAAUGGAAGGAGAAGGAAAUGCUGAGCAAAUUGAGAGAGUUGCAGAGCUUGCAAGGAGUUGCUUGAGAAUAGAAACGAAACAAAUAUUGAAAGAACUUGAGAUAUUGAGGCAGUUUGGGAAGCAAAUGCAUUUGAAACUUGGAAAUAAUUCGGAGGAGUAUUUUAUGUGUUGUAAGUGA